ACGGGGUUUUUGGUUUUCUUCGAUUUGUGUCUAAGAACAGAGUUCUAGGGUGGCGACUUUGUGGAAAAAACAUUGAGCGGGCAGGUUAUUAGAGCACUGAAAACCCGUAUGUCGUGCACACACGCGUCACCGACGUCGAAACUUUCCAAAACUCGUGUCCGCGGUUUCGUGCGCGUCUAAAAAUAAACCACACGACGGGCGAGUUGACGAGACACGAUAAGACAAGUCUCCAUCGUUGUAUACGAUAUCGCCGUGCGCGGUUUACACGCGGGUCCUUUAAAGCGGAUUUGUAAAAAUACUUCUGGAAAUAAUCGUCGCGGACGUCUAAACUAGGAUGUGAAACCGAUUGAUUCGUUUCGCGUUAUCUCCGGCGCGUGUACGAAUACCUCUACCUGCCGCGGCCGUUCAAUGUGCUGUAUACGGGAUCUGUUUUGUCGCGGCAAUCCGCCGAUGUUAAGUUAUUACGACGUGAUAAAAUCGUAAUAAUAUAAUAACGUGUCGCCGUCGCAGAUCGCUAUCACCGGCACCGCAACGUGUAGUGUGGCUUGGCUUUAUAACGUGCACAUCUACCUAAAACACGAUAGACGAUAUCGAAUAUUAUCAAUAAUAUUAUUAUUAGAUACCCACUUGUAUGUGUCGGAAGCCCCAGUCGGACGAGCUCACGGCCCGGCGGGGGUACGGUAUCCAACGCCGACGACGGGGUACGACGACCUACGGUGUCGGGUAGCAGCAGACGCCAGACAGCAGUACAUCGCGAUCGUCGUCGUCAGUACUCAGUAGUCAACAACUCACUACUCGUCACUCGUCACUCGUCCGUCGCGUAGUAGCCAGCAAACAGCCGGUUAGGGAUUCACACGUCCCCGCAAAAUAAAUAGUCCGAGACGCGUUUCCGAGUGACGAGUGUAUUUUUAUUUGAAUUUUUGUUGAUCGGACCGGCAUACGGACGACGACGAUUCACAUUCAAUAAUAUUAUUAUAAUUAUAUCCAACCAACGCAUUGUUAUUUUUUGUAAACCGCAAUAAAUCACUUCAACAUUAUUCACCGCUGGUCUCAACAGUGGCUUUACAACCUUAAAAUCGAAAACUUUACAAUCAUUUCUGGGAAGUUCGUAGUCAGCAGCAGGACUAACGUGAUUUGUUAUCCACCACGGUCAAACUUGGUGCUUCGCUAUAAUAUGGCAUUGAAUCAUCAAAGACGUACUGAUAAAUGGUGGGAAACAGAGUAUAGUGACAACAUACAUUCAUAUUUACAGUACCACGAAGUUAAAUGGAGGAUGGUUUAUGGAGCUAGAUCACCACAAAUUCAUUUGCGACCCGUGUUGUUAAAAACUAUUAGAAAUAUAGCCAAGACAUGUGAAAUGUCAAAUGUAUGUGUUCAUUUGGCCGUCACCUUGAUGGAUUUAUUUAUGGAUAACCAUGAUCUAAAAUUUGAUACUAUCAUGCUAGUCUCGUUUGCAUGUUUAACAUUAGCUGCAAAAAUUGAAGAGCAUUGCUUAAAAAUACCAAAACUAAAUACCAUGCAGAAUGUCAUUAGUAAAGAUGUAACAAAUUCACACUUUCGUAAAGUAGAGAUGAAAAUUUUAAUGUUUUUCGAGUUCAAUGUUGCGAUACCUACAGUUGCACAUUUCAUUGAAUUUUAUAAAGACCAUUUUUUCUGUGAUAAUGAUUUUUAUCAUAAUGAAUUUGCAUGUAUUUUAAAAGACAAAUUCAAUAGAAUGAUUCUUUCAUACCAGGAUGCAUCAUUGGAAAGCAUAAAACUUAUAUCUUAUAAUCCAUCAAUGGUUGCCGCUAGUAUUAUUUUAACUACUAGGCAUACUUUAGGAUUGGUACCAUGUUGGACUGCACAAUUACGAAAAGUGACAGGAUACUUAAAAAAAGAUCUCGUGCAGUGUUGUUCUCUAUUAGGAAGAAAUGUCAUGCAGCACAGAAAGUUUGUGCCAAUGGAUGAAGGAUAUCAAAGUUCUUCUCCUGGUUUUCGAUCUCCAAUUAUCAUGGGAAGUAAAAAGAAAAGAAGUCACAUUGAUGUACCAAAUGUAAUUUUAUCAAAACGAACAGCAUUCUAAAACUUUUACAACUGUGAUAAGUUAUCCUACAAUUUAUUCCUAUUUUCCUUCUUGUGUACUGUGUCUUUUCACAAUGCCUAUUCUAAGCUAUUUAUUUAUUUCUACUAUUUAAAAAAUAUAUUGUGAUAUUUAUUUAUUCAUAAAGCUCAAUUUAUUUUAUGAGACUGAAUUCUGUUUUGUUUUAUUGGGUAAUUUAUAUUUACUAUUUUUUUGUUGUUAUAAACUUUAAUUUUUAUUUAUUUAUAUUUAUUUGUUUGUGUAGAUAAAACUAGUUAAAAAUGUAUUCAAUCAUUUAUUAUGUAAUUGUCAAAAUUUCAAAUUUCAAAAUGGUUUGAAUAUAAUUGUAAAAUACAAUUAUGUUAACUGAA